GUGAUUUAUCCUAAUUUAAAGAACAUUUAUUAAAAAACAAAGGUUUUUUUUUUGUGAAAAAAACGAUUAGCUUCAGGGUCCAGAAUUUUUAACCGGACAAAAUGUUUCUUGUCUGACUGUCAUAAAAGCUUCGUCUCUUCGAAAGCUUCUGAAAAUUCGAAAAUCGACAAUUCGAAGAAAAUUUCGACAAGUCUCUCUGAAGAUACGUGGCGCAAGAGUUCGAGUCAUUUCUUUACUUUAUUUAAGCCGGUGAAGUUCCAUUAAUUGUAAUUCUUCAGGAUCGUUAAUUUUUCCAGUUCAUCAGAAUGAAGGUAUUCUUUUCCAUUGCUUUAUUACUCUUUAUUGGAGUCCACGCCGAAGAAGUUAAAGAGGAAGAUGGAGUUCUCGUGCUAACAAAAGCAAACUUCAAAGAGGUUCUAGAGAAGAAUGAAUACGUUUUAGUAGAAUUUUAUGCACCAUGGUGCGGUCAUUGCAAAGCUCUUGCUCCAGAAUAUGCCAAGGCAGCCAAAAUCUUAGCCGAUAAGGAAUCUAACAUUAAGCUUGGUAAAGUAGAUGCCACUGAAGAAUCUGAUUUGGCUGAAGAAUUCCAAGUACGUGGAUAUCCAACAUUGAAAUUCUUCCGUUCGGGUUCACCAAUCGAAUACAGUGGAGGACGUCAAGCUGAUGAUAUUGUUGCAUGGUUAGGAAAGAAGACUGGACCUCCUGCUAAGGAACUCGACUCUGUUGAAGUUGCAGAAGAGUUCUUGAAAGAAAACAACGUAGCAGUUGUCGGUUUCUUCUCAAAUCGCGAUUCUGAUGAAGCAAAAGCUUUCUUGUCCACUGCAAACUCUGUUGAUGACUAUCCAUUCGGUAUCACCAGCAAUGAAGAUGUCUAUAAGAAAUACGAAGCAUCAUGUGGCAAAGUUAUUCUCUUCAAACAAUUCGAUGAUGGAAAAGCUGUCUUUGAAGGUAAAAUGGAAGAAGCAGAACUUAAGAAAUUCGUCACUGCUCAAGCCAUGCCUUUGGUUGUUGAUUUCAACCAUGACUCUGCACAAAAGAUUUUCGGAGGUGAUAUUAAGUCUCAUUUGUUGAUGUUCUUGUCAAAGGAAGCUGGACAUUUCGAAAAAUACGCUGAACCUGCAAAGGAAGUUGCUAAGAAGUUCCGUGAACAAAUCUUAUUCGUUUCAAUCAAUGCUGAUGAAGAAGAUCACCAACGUAUUCUUGAAUUCUUUGGAAUGAAGAAGGAAGAAAUCCCAUCAAUGCGUAUUAUUCAACUUCAAGAAGACAUGGCCAAAUUCAAACCUGAAUCAUCUGAACUCACACCAGAAGUCAUUGAAGCUUUCGUAAAGAAGUUCUUGGAUGGUAAAUUGAAACAACAUUUGUUGAGCCAAGAAUUGCCUGAAGAUUGGGACAAGACACCAGUUAAGACACUCGUUGCAACAAACUUCGAUGAUGUUGCUUUCGAUGUUGGCAAAGAUGUCUUCGUUGAGUUCUACGCUCCAUGGUGUGGACAUUGCAAACAACUUGCACCAAUUUUCGAUCAAUUAGGUGAAAAGUUCAAGGAUUCAAAGACUGUUGUCGUGGCGAAAAUGGAUGCCACAGCUAAUGAAUUGGAACAUACAAAAAUCACAUCAUUCCCAACAAUUAAGUUAUACAAAAAGGGUGAUAAUGGUGUCGUUGAUUUUAAUGGCGAACGUACAUUAGAAGGCUUCACGAAAUUCCUCGAGUCAGGAGGAUUAGAAGACGCUGCUGGCGUUCCAGAUGUUGAGGAAGUACCAGUCGACGAAGAUGACGAACACAAGAAGGAUGAGUUGUAAAAAGACUCAGAAGCACAAAACACUAUCAUUUCUUAAUAAUAAUAUUUUAAAAUCACACAAACAUUCUUAGCAUUUUUUUUUCUGCUUAUUUAAUUUAAAAACCCGAAUCCAUUCAGCGAACUGGAAUGUGAUGGAAGUUUUCGACUCUGUUCAAAGUAGAUUCGAUAAGUCAACAAACAACAUGAUGAUGAAAACAAUUUUAAAUGGCAAUGUGCUUCCUCUUAUCAGAUAUUCCCAAAACAUAAUAUUUCAAACGUUUCCCUCCCGUGUUAAAAAACUACAUGAUAAAGUGAUUUUAUAAAAGAAAAAUGAAGAAAAAAAUUGAUUUUUAGUUAAUGUUUUUUAUUGCUACAUGCUCAAAUGAAAUAUUAUUAACAACAAUUACCUAAUCUUUUUUAAUUUAGUUUCUUUUUUAAUGUGAUCUCUUAAUUUUUCAAGAGACAACUGUUUGUGUUUUCUUCUAUCAUUCUUAUUAAUUUUAAUGAAGAGAUAAUUAAUGCAUUUAACUUAACAUCCCUUACAGAAAGAACGAAAGAGAUGAGAAAGAGAAAGAAAAAUAUGCACUAAGUAACACUUCCCCGUGCGAUUAAUUAUAGGAUUAUUUUUGUAAAAUUCCAAAACAAAAAUUUUUAGGAAAUAAACUGAAUUGAUUGAACGAUUGGAAAAAAAAGAAGAAAAAAGGAAAUAAAGAAAGAAAUGUUUCGAAAUAAAACACAACAUAAUUAUUUAUCUAAUCA